AUGAGGAUCGUUGGACUCACCGGUGGAAUAGCAUCCGGGAAAAGCACCGUUUCGAAUCUGUUCAAGUCGCAUGAUGUUCCCGUUGUCGAUGCUGACCUCGUUGCUCGCGAGGUGUUAAGGAAAGGGAGUGGUGGAUGGAAGAAAGUGGUUGCGGCUUUCGGGGAAGAAAUUCUUCUCGAAAAUGGAGAAGUGAAUAGACCCAGGCUUGGCCAAAUUGUUUUCUCCGAUCCGGAUAAGCGUCAAUUCCUCAACCGAUUGUUGGCUCCUUACAUAUCGCGUGGGAUAUUUUGGGAGGUUUUGAAGCUAUGGGUGAAGGGUUACAAGGUCAUUGUUCUUGAUGUGCCUUUGUUAUUUGAAGCCAAGAUGGACAGGUUCACGAAGCCCAUUAUUGUUGUGUGGGUUGAUCCCGAGACUCAGAUUCAGCGGCUUUUGGCCAGAGACAAGUCCGGUGAGGAGGAUGCUCGGAAUAGGGUUAAUGCUCAAAUGCCAUUGGAUGUGAAAAGGGGUAAAGCUGAUAUAGUUAUUGAUAACACUGGUUCGUUUGAUGACUUGAGUCAACAGUUUAAGAAUGUUUUUGGUGAGGUCUCAAAGGCAUUGACAUGGACUGAAUUUUGGCGCUCCAGACAGGGAGUGUUCACCAUUCUUGCUUCUGUCACCUCAGGUGUUGUUCUGUUGAUCAAGGCAUUCAACAACCAUACCAACAUUUUGUAG